CACUAUACUUCUUCAUAGUAAUGGCGCUUUUGCAUGUUCUCCUCCUGCAUCGAAGUAAAGUUUUCCCAUUUCCCCCAGUCUCUGCUUCAGCUUUUCCUCUCUAUGCUGCUGCAGGACAAUGAAGAAAGAAGCGAAAAUGGAGCUUGGAGGGCGCUCCUUCCUCAAGAUGGAAUCUGUGGUGGAGUCGAAGCCCACUGGGCCCGGCUUCGAGGGCGCGUGGUUCGAGGCCAGGAUCCUCCGCCCUCCCCGAAACCCCGACUCCAAGCUGAAGACGGACCGCCUUACGCUGGUCGAGUUCCAGGCCCUGGUCGCAGACGACGAGUCCGGGCCGCUGGCGGAAAAUGUGGACGCCCGCCUCGUCAGGCCACCUCCGCCGCUGUCGGAGCAGGCUGAUUUUAAGGAGGGGGACGCCGUGGAGGGAUCCUACGCGGAAGGGUGGUGGACUGGGACGGUGAAGGAGGUGAGGGACGGAGGGAGGCGGUACCGGGUGGAAUUUGACGACCCACCUGAUGCGGCGGAGUUGGGGAGGGAAGAGCUGAGGGUCCGCUGGGACUGGCACUGGGCCGGCUGCCAUUGGGUCAAGCCGCCGAGGUUUCAGGAAGCCACUGCACGAGCAGGAAAGAGUUCAUUGCACGGAGAUGACCACUCUUCAGCAUUACAGUCUGCGAAUUCUCCACAUACGUCAAAGAAGCUCAUGGUUUCAGAGAGAGAAACCUCAGACAGGGAGGAACCCAGGAAGGGUGAGGCAGCAAAUGAUGAGCUGGAGACUCCAGGUCCAUGGGAGAGAGUUGCAAAACCUGUUACACCUGUUACUGCUUCUCCACACAAACAAGGGGGGCAAAGAUGGAAGCUGAAGAUCUAUCAUCGAAGAGCAAAGAGAACAAGCACACCUAAAAGAAAGAGAGAAAAGUCCUCUAGUGUUGGAAGUAAACAUGCUUUAGUACCAGCUUGUCCUCCUCAUAGUGCUACCAAAAUGCCCGAAGCAGGAUAUCUACAAAUAGAUUCUAGAGGACAACAUGGCAUGGUUGUACAGGCUCAACCCUUGCCUUUCACGGGGAGCUCACCAAUCUGGGAAACGGUGGAUUCUCCGGAAGCUUUCCAGAAAUUCCCACAUAAUCCGCAACCAGUGAUCAAUCUUGAACUGGUUUCAUAUGAAGAAUCAGACUCUAUAGUAGCCUCCAUGAACCAAGCUUGUCCUCCUUGUAGUGAUAGUGCAACCCAAAUGCCCGAAGCAGGAUAUCUACAAAUAGAUUCUGGAGAACAAAAUGGCACAGUUGUACAGGCUCAACCCUUGCCUUUCAUUAGGAUCUCACCAAUUUGGGAAACGGUGGAAUCUCUGGAAGCUUUCCAGAAAUUCCCGCAGAAUCCGCAUUUCGGUCCUUUGGGCUGUUGCAAUGAGAAAUCCAGGGAAGGAAUGGCGAUUGCUUGCAUGGUGAACUUCGCAAGCACGGUGGAAAAAAUCUUCAAGCUUAAUAACACUGAUCCUAUGAGUAGUUUCAAAGACUGUUUGGAGACACUUGUUGACUUGGAACCACAUGGCUUUGAUAUCGAGGCCGUUGAGACUCAUUUGAGGAAGCUUCUUAAGAUAAAGGAGGGGCGGGAGAAGCUCCAGGAAAGGUCAAAGGAAUCGGAGAAUCUAAUCUUGGAGCUCAUUCAGGAGAAUGCCAAGAUCGAUGAAGACAUGGAGCGGCUUCAGGCGAGGAAGAAGGUGAAUGAGGCCCGAAUGAGUACUCUGAGACGGAGUGUGGACGCAAUGAACAUAAUGGCGCAACAGUGGCCCCAGGUCGAUUUAAAGAAUUUCUAGCCCUUUCCACCCCAGCUUCCAUGAAAAACCAUUCAAGUUUGAUUUCUCUGGGAUGAGAAAAUGUUUCUUUAUCCCAUUUAUCAGUAGCUCGUUCCAUUUGAGCUGUUAGGAUGUGUAUAGAUCGCAGCAGCUGCCCAUUGCAUGGACAAAUAGGAACCACUCACCAUGUUGAUACCUUCACCUUAGGCACAUCCCUCAGGAAAUCAUUAGUUAGUCUAUGCUGUGGACAGAAGCAAAUGAUGUCUAGUGUUAAGGCGAAACCUUUAUGCACUGGGUAUAGUUUAGACUCGAUAUAAUCUAUGCAAAUAGAGCUGUUGUUUAGAGAGCAA